AUGAUGCUGUUUGGGUGCAGAAGGAGGUUGUGGUGCGCACUGUCCUUCCUGGGAGCUGCGGCUGGCUGCAGACUGGGCUCUGCAUAUUUGGCGACCAGUACUCUACAUUUUCAACAAGAGGCCGACUUCCGAAAAUCCAAACUGGUCGCUCAGAAAAACAUGCAGAUCAAGCUGCUUCCUGCCUUAACGGACAACUACAUGUACCUCCUGAUUGACGAGGAGACAAAGGAGGCCGCAAUUGUAGAUCCGGUACAGCCACAGAAGGUUGUUGAUGCAGUGAAGAAGCAUGGCGUGAACUUGACAUCGGUCCUCACCACACACCACCACUGGGACCAUGCAGGAGGCAAUGAGAAACUUGUGAAAAUGAUGUCAGGGCUGAAGGUUUAUGGUGGGGACAGCAGAGUUGGAGCAUUAACCCAGAGAGUUUCCCAUCUAAGCACCUUUCAGGUGGGGUCCCUUCAUGUGAAGUGUCUCUACACACCAUGUCACACCUCAGGACAUAUCUGCUACUAUGUGACAAAGCCCAACAGCUCCGAGCCACCAGCGAUCUUCACAGGUGACACCCUCUUGUGGCUGGAUGUGGCAAGUUCUUUGAGGGGACAGCAGAAGAAAUGUACAAAGCUCUGAUUGAGAUACUGGGCAAGCUUCCACCAGAGACCAGAGUCUACUGUGGACACGAAUAUACCAUCAACAAUUUGAAGUUUGCACGUCAUGUGGAACCAAACAAUGAUCAGAUCAAACAAAAGUUAACUUGGGCUAAGGAAACAUACAGUAAAGGGGAGCCCACCAUACCGUCCACACUGGCAGAAGAGUUCACAUAUAAUCCAUUUAUGAGGGUCAGGGAGAAGUCCGUGCAAGACCAUGCAGGGGAGAGUGACCCCAUCUCUACUAUGGCAUCGAUUCGCAAAGAGAAGGAUAAUUUCAAGGUGCCCAAAGACUGA